CCAAAAGCAGCUGUUGUCUCCAGAGCAUUCCAGCUGCGCUUGGAUUUCGUCCCCUGCUCUCCUGCCUGAGCAACGUCCUGGCCCAGAUGGGGUGGGCUAGCCCCUGACCCCCAGACAUGCUAUUGGGUUGCUCUGGGCUCAGUCCAUCUCAGGUGCGCCCUCAGACUGGAAGUGACGGUCGUAGACGUCGGAGAGCCGGGGCAGUGGCCAUCUCUCGAACCCAGGGUAACAUUGGUGAAGGAGGGAGGACCUGGGGCCUCCAGAUAGGGCUGCAAUGGCGGUGAGUCCCACAGGGCCGCCCCAGCCCGCAGCUCGCUAAAGAUAGCCCUCCACUUCCUGGGGAAAAACCACCCCAACCGCCUUCGUGUACAGAAAUUAGCUGAAGUCCCCAGCCUCAGCCUCUGGUCCCCAACUCUGUUAACAGCUGUCCCCGGGUCGUGCGCCUGCGGCAUGGAAAGCGCUUUGGAAUGACACGAUCACUCCCGUUGAGUGGGCACACAAGAAGCCAUCGGGAAUGUCGUGUCUGCCCAGGGCUCUUUCGUCGCCUCCCAGCAGGGCCUUGAAGCCCUGGCCAAGAAAGGGGCCUUGCCAAACUAUUCCUGCCCCUAGGAUCCCCUACUUUCUGAGCUCUGGGCACUCACACUGCUCCAGGGCAGAGAUCACAGGUUUCCCAGCACUCUGUGCUGCAUCAGGUUCGAUUUCCAUUUAAAAAAAGAGAGAGGAAAAGGGGAUUUAAGUUACAUUGAAGUGAAAACAUUCGGGAGCCCUCAUGGGACAGAGGAAAGAGCUUUCUCUCUGGUAGAGUGGGAUGUUCCAACUGAAAGCUAUCUUUUAGCUGGGUCUUCUCAUGGUCACAUUGUUUAGUUGGCCCACAAAGGCUCAUUAUUGCCUAAAUCAGGAAGCGAGAGGAUCCUUGUUAAAGUACACCAGGCUAAAGGAGAAACAUUGAAAAGCUGGCAUUUCUGGAAACCGUCAUGAUGCUUCUAAUUCCUCAAGAAUCAAGAGGAGAAAACUGACAAUUCUAUCAGAGUGAACAUUUAUGGGGAAUAAAGAUGACAUAUCUCAAAGGAAAAAUGCUUGCAAAUAACCUGAAACCGCAGACCACACAUUCUUUUAAAAAUGAGAUAUUUUUUAAUAGGUCGUAAAAGUGGCUUUAAUGUUAGCUGCCCUAGUCCAGUGACAAUUCAUUUGGAACUUUUGACGUUUUGAUCACGUAUAAAACGGGGGAAACAAAACGUUAUCAGACACACGGAGAUGUAAGAUUUCGAUGAGAGAAAAGAGGCCUGUCUGAGCCUCCACCGGAUCCCGAGCAUCCUUUCCCUGGUUGCUAAUGCGGGUGAUGGCGAAAGAACCCAGAGCGGACUCCGAGAUUUCGGACCCGGGGCCGGGCAGGGCAGAUGGGCCACGCGAAGGAAGCGCUAGGGCCGCCGUGGUUCUUUUUGGCGCACCUGUCCAUUAAGGAACCACAGCCAGAUCCCCGCCCCGGCUAAUCGGUCCUGCCGGAAGUUCGACCUCCCGACAUUUUGCUUCCGGUUCCGCUCGCUCCUUCCGGUCGCCAUGGCGACGGGGCGCCUUGGGGUUGUGGAGACACUGGGGGCCCUCAACGCGGCCCUGGGGCCAGGCGGCCCUGUGUGGUUCAAAGAGACGCGCGCCCGCCACCUGCGUGCCCGAGACUUCCUGGCGCCGCGGCGCGCGCUACAGGCGCGCUUCGGGGACGGACAGGUGCCCGAGCGUGUGGUUCAUGCGGUCGCCGACCUGCAGGGCCCCGGUGUGGCCCCAGUGCUGCGCUGCGCGCCGACCCCCGCAGGUCUGACCCUCCAGCUGCAGCGGUCCGCCGUCUUCGAGCGCGUCCUCGGCGCCGUGGCCGCCUAUGCCGCGCCCGCCGCGCCCGCCUCACCGGGCUUGCGCGUCAUCCUGCACUGCCCGGCGCUGCGCGGCGCGCCCUGCGCACUCCGCCUGAGCCAGCUGCGCGCCGUGCUUGUGGCCGAUCACCUGGCGCGAGUUCUGCAAGCUCACGGGGUGAGUGUGCGUCUAGUGCCCGCUGUGCGGGACCCGCACAUGCCGACCUUCCUGCAGCAACUGCGGGUGGACUGGCCCACUGCCUCGGAGAGAUCCGCGACCGAAGCCCUGAGAAGCAGCGCACUUGCUGAGCUUACCCCUGCCCAUGACAGGGAAGUCCUGCCCCCUGGCGUCCUGGGCAGAGUGUGCCUGAAGGAGCUGGUGGAAGAACGGGGACGCACAGCUGGCUAUGACCCCAAUCUGGACAACUGUCUGGUGACUGAGGAUCUGCUCUCCGUGCUGGCAGAGCUACAGGAGGCUGUGCAGCGUUGGCCUGAGGACAGCUCCCUAGGCCUGGCUGCAGCUCCAGAUGCUGGUGCAGACAGCUGCAUGGUUGUACACGUGGUGAGCUGUGAGGAGGAGUUCCAGCAACAAAAAUUGGACCUGCUUUGGUGGAAGUUGGACAGCCGGGCUCCUCUCAGACAGAAGCACCUGGUCUGUGGCCCAGUGAAAGUAGCUGGUGCACCCGGCACCCUGACUGCCCCCGAGUACUACGAGCUCCGGCACGCCCAAGUGUGCAAGGCCUCAGCACUGAAGCACUGCGGGGACCUGGCACAAGACCCAGCCUGGACAGAAAUCUUUGGGGUUCUCUCGGUGGCAACCAUUAAGUUUGAGAUGCUCAGCACAGCCCCACAGAGUCAGGUGAGCCUGGGUGUCCCACAGGACCAGGGCUGGGGAGACAGGCUGUGUGGUGGCUGCCCUCCCUCUCUGCAGCUCUGCUCUAUUCCUCAGCUCUUCCUGGCUCUGGCCGACAGUGGCAUUUCCACAAAGGGCACCAAGAGUGGCACCUUUGUUAUGUACAAUUGUGCCCGUCUCGCCACACUCUUCGAGGGUUACAGGCGCAGCAUGGAACAAGGUCUGUACCCUGCUUUUCCACCUGUGAGCAGUCUGGAUUUCUCACUGCUACAUGAUGAGGGUGAGUGGCUGCUGCUCUUCAACAGUGUCCUCCCCUUCCCAGACCUGCUGAGCCAGACAGCAGCACUGGCCCGCACAGCCCUGGGGCUCCACAUCACUGCACGCACGGAGAUGGUCUGCAAAUUCCUGGUGCAGCUCAGCAUGGAUUUCAGCUCAUACUAUAACCGUGUACACAUCCUAGGGGAGCCUCGGCCACACCUGUUUGGUCAAAUGUUUGCCCGUCUGCAGCUUCUGCGAGCCGUACGUCAAGUGCUCCACACUGGCCUGGCCAUGCUGGGUAUCCCUCCACUAAGCCACAUCUAA